UGCCCCCGUCGGCGGAAGCGCUGCGCGGGAGGCGGAAGCGGCUGGUGUCCGCGUGGUUUGGCGGGUGCCGCGGGAGUCCGGCGGCUGUGCCCACGUAGACCCUCUGCUGGGGGCGCCGGCACCAGUUGGAGCACGUGAGGAAGAAAAAUGUCUCAAAAGCAGAUGAAGGAAGCUUUUGUUAGUAACCUCAAUGGAACCACCGUGCUGGAAAUCACCCAGGGAUUGUGCUUUCCUGCAUUCUGUAUCCUGUGCAGAGGGUUCCUGAUCAUUUUCUCACAGUACUUGUGUUCUUUCUCACAUACCUGGAAAACUAGAUUCUUCAUUGACUUUGUUGUCCUAAUAGUUCCCAUGGUAGCCACUUUGACCAUUUGGGCUUCAUUUAUCCUCCUUGAGCUUCUUGCUGUAAUUAUCUUUGGGGCAGGGCUGUUCUAUCAAAUAUACCGAAGGAGGACCUGCUAUGCCAGACUGCCUUUCCAAAAAAUCCUUGAAAAAUUCUUGAACAUCAGUCUAGAAUCAGAAUACAUUCCAGCCAUCUCCUGUUUCCGUGUAAUUACCGGUGCAUUCACUGCUAUUGCUAUUUUGGCUGUGGACUUCCCAUUUUUUCCCAGAAGAUUUGCCAAAACUGAGCUCUAUGGGACAGGAGCAAUGGAUUUUGGAGUAGGUGGCUUUGUUUUUGGGACUGCAAUGGUUUGUCUAGAGGUCAGGAGGAGAAAAUGUAUGGAAGGGUCCAAAUUGCAUUACUUUACAAACUCAUUGUACUCUGUUUGGCCAUUAGUCUUCCUAGGAAUUGGACGAUUAGCCAUUAUAAAAUCAAUAGGUUAUCAGGAACAUUUAACUGAGUAUGGAGUUCACUGGAACUUUUUCUUUACCAUAAUAGUUGUGAAAUUGAUAACACCACUGCUUUUCAUUAUUUUUCCCCUAAAUAAGUCCUGGAUUAUUGCCCUCAGUGUUACUGUAUUAUACCAGCUAGCCCUUGACUUUACCUCACUGAAGAGGUUAAUAUUGUAUGGCACUGAUGGUAGUGGCACACGGAUUGGUCUAUUAAAUGCCAACCGCGAAGGAAUAAUCUCUACCCUGGGGUAUGUGGCAAUACACAUGGCUGGUGUGCAAACAGGAUUAUAUGUGCAUAAGAACCGAUCACAUAUCAAAGACUUGAUAAAAGUAGCCUGUUUUCUUUUACUGGCAGCUAUUAGCCUCUUCAUAUCUCUUUAUGUAGUUCAAGUAAAUGUAGAAGCAGUAUCUCGAAGAAUGGCAAAUUUAGCCUUUUGUAUUUGGAUAGUUGCUUCUAGCCUGAUCCUUCUUAGUAGUUUAUUACUGGGUGAUAUAAUUUUGAGUUUUGCCAAAUUUCUAAUUAAAGGAGCUCUGGUACCAUGUUCUUGGAAACUUAUCCAGUCACCUGUUACAAGUAAAAAGCAUUCAGAAUAUCUAAUCCCUGAAGCUGAAAGAAUGGAACCCAGGCUUUGUUUAAUCACAGCUCUCAACAGAAAACAGUUAAUAUUUUUCUUGCUGUCAAAUAUAACAACUGGCCUGAUCAACCUAAUGGUAGAUACAUUACACAGCAGUACCUUGUGGGCCUUAUUUGUGGUCAAUCUCUAUAUGUUUUCCAACUGUUUAAUUGUAUAUGUACUAUAUUUGCAAGAUAAGACUAUACAAUUUUGGUGAUCAGCAGGGGUAGGAUAUAUAAGUACUUGGGCAAUAUUUAAUGAGGAAUAUUAAUUGUAAAGAAAUUGUGCUUUUUGGCCGGGUGCGGUGGCUCACACCUGUAAUCCCAGCACUUUGGGAGGCCAAGGCAGGCGGAUCACCAGGUCAGGAGACCGAGACCAUCCUGGCUAACACGGUGAAACCCUGUCUUUACUUAAAA